CCGCACAGUGCAGACGUCUCGUCGGUUCGGUUCGGGCGGUACAGAACAGAGUCGGGCUUUCCGGACGAAACAUCGUGACGUCAUUAUGGCCUAGAUGGGUUAGGAUUGGCGAUGGAAAUGAACUAAAAUUUUCGUCAAUGAAAUUGUUAUUAUGAAGCUCACUGCAAUACUCACGUCUAGUAUUAUUUGAAAGGGGAAAUUGUUGCUCAUUGUUGGCGCUAGUUUCGAAGUCGUGGGGGCACUGCGUUGAAAUGUCUCGUCAUGAAGGUGUGAGCUGCGACUCCUGUUCUAAACGUAACUUUCGUGGUCGUCGCUACAAGUGUCUUGUCUGCUAUGACUAUGAUUUAUGCUCAUCAUGCUACGAAACAGGGGCCACUACGCCUCACCACACGACAGGCCAUCCUAUGCAGUGUAUUCUCACCCGAUCAGACUUCGAACUUUACUACGGUGGGGAAUCACUAACUGUUGAACAGCCCCAAUCUUUCACUUGCCCGCACUGUGGAAGAAUGGGCUUGACUGAAACAACUCUCCAGGAACAUGUGACUUUAGAUCACAUGGUCACCACUGCUGAAGUGGUUUGUCCAGUUUGUGCAUCGUUACCUGGAGGUGAUCCUAAUCUCAUGACUGAUGACUUAUCUGGCCAUUUGAAUCUUGAGCAUCGAAGUGGACCUCGAGAUCUUAUAUCAUUUCUAGAUGAACCAGCUAGUCUUCGGCAUGGUGGCGUCCGUCGUGGUCCUCAUGCAUCAAGAGGUGUUGGUGGUCCAAGGCCUAGGAGGUGCAACAUGCAUUUCAGUACUGGUGGCUUAUCUUCUAUAUCACCUUCAACUCGAGACACUGUGGACCCCAUUGCUGAGCUACUGUCCCAGCUGUCUGGCGUCCGACGAUCAACGGCUAGUACUUCAGCUCAAAGCUCGACACCAUCUCAAUUACAACAGCUUCAAAUGCAGCUGCAGUUGGAACGUCAGCAGGUGAGGGCGGCACGACAGCAGCUAGAGAGGCUACCUCGACGCCAGGCACAAACAAGCACUUCAAAUGCAGCCAGUGGCACUGCAGCUGCCCCUACAGCCUCAGCGGCAGCUGUCGUCAGCGCUAGUUCUGCAAGUUCGAAUGGAGAGUUAGGUUCAAGCACACCCACUGCACCUGUUAACUUACAGUUUUUACUUUCAAGGUGCACUGAGCCGCCUCUCACUGAAGCAGAACUACAAGCAGCAGAGCAGGAGCGAGCUGAUCACAGUCUGUUUGUUCAAGAGCUAGUAAUGUCCACUUUGUCGGACUCAACUGCCUCAAUUCUUUCCUUGGGUCAGAAUGCAGUAGCCCCAAAUAGGAAUAGCGAAAACAGUGAAACUUCUUCAAGUAGGGAGUCUCCCGGUGGAGGAGGGGGGGCAAGGGUUCAAUCUUCUCCACCUUCUUCUGCCCCCUCCACUGGCUCUUCGUCCAGCUCUUCAUCAGUCCCAGCUUCAUCUCAGCAAAGGGCUGCAACAGGAGCUGUCGCUGCAAAGCGCAGCAGCACUAGGGGUGUGGGGCCCGUGACUGCAUCAAGUGGAAGUUCACGCAACCAAGCGCAGGCCGCGCAGGCCGCGCAGGCGCAGUCCCAACAAGUGGCCCAGCCUCAACAGCAACCGCUACACCUUCGCGAUCGUGGCGCAGUGAUGUCUCUGCAAAACCAGCCAUCCCAGCAGCCUCCACAACCCAUGCGCGUCGUCACAGGCACGGGCACCAUCCGGGAAGUGGUCGCAGCACCUAGCUACGGCAGUCCAGGAUCAAGCAGGAGAAAGCCAGUUCGCACUGCAACUGAGCCACCACCGCCUCACUAAAAGUGUUCAUAGUUCUAGUCCUUAUGCCUGUUUCUAGGUAACUAAAGCAAGUCCCUCCCCCUCUCCCCUCCCUGUCACCUUUCUUCAUCCAAUUGUUUUCUUGUCCUUUUCUCCCAAGUUUUGACCUAGUUAAUAAAGUUUCACAUAGUGAAAAUGGUUGCUAUUUAUGAUUUAUUGGACAGCUGGGGUGGUUUGAGAUUAUCUUAUGAAUUGCUUUACCCAAUGUUGGCAAUAUGUUUCAUUGAUUAUUCUUGUUGAUCCAGCUCAAGGUGCUUAGCUACUUGUUUUGUGUUUGUUUCCUGCGGGUUGCCUGAAUUCAAAUUUUUGAGUACAUUAAAAUUAUACUUUUUUUAUCACUGUGCAUUAAUGACACAUUAAAAUAAGUACUAAUUUUGUACAAUUCUCAUCUCAUGAAAUUUCAUGGUGAUGGUUCCUUUAGCAUUAAUCAUUUGAGCAUUCAGAAGUGGGUGCAUGUAAUGGAAGGGGGUGAGAGGGGGAUAUUCUCAAGCCAGCUGGCUUAACACCUGAACUGAUAGACUGAGAAUAUUGUGCGCACUUUUCAGCAAAAUUAAUGCCAGUUUUCUUCUUUUUUUGCAAUUGAAAUGAAAUAAAACUACUUUCUCCUGCUGCUGGGAACAUACUUUUGCACCACUGGCAUGACUAGGAUCUUCUCGUGGCUUCCUUUGGCUGUCUUUUAUUUAGUAUUUGCUUUCUGCUCAAAUUUGAAAUUGAAACCAGUGAUGCUGUUUUCCCUUUGGUGUACAAUUGAACAGUGUUUUGCUUGCCUUGGAAUUUUGAUUCUUCUUGGUAAACUUGCUAACUUUCCAUCUGUUGGCUUCAAAAUAAAUCCUUGUAGUAUGAGUAGUUUGUGCUUGUUAUUAGCUCAGUCAUCCAUAAACUGCCUCAUUCUCAUGGUUUAUUCCUUGUUAAUUGUUUUUUUGUUGUUGUUUUCAUGUUACAAUCAUUCAUUUUAUUGAUCUAUCAUAACAGAACUGGUAGCAGGCAGACCCCACUUAGAUGAAUUGUUGAUGUGGCAUUCGUAAUUGUAUGUUGUGUUGAUGCUCCCUUCACUUAGCUAGCUGACAUUGUAGUGUGUGACAUCAUUUUGGUCCCCUGAUAAGCCUUUUUUAGCUAUGUUUUUGCUGCAAGAGCGUGUGAUUAAACACAUUUUUAUGCUUUGGUAGUCUCUUUUAUUAAAUAUAUAUUUUCUUUAAUCAAAUAUUGGCUGUGUCAGACAAAUUCAGAGCACAAGGGUUAAUCAUCAAAAUUCAUGGUGAACAGUUGUCAUUGACUUGUGUCGCCUUAAUAAUAACUUUAAGACCAAGAAAUUGAUUGCAUUAGAAGUGCUGUUUAGUUUCCAAAAUUCACAACUUUGCCAACUUCUUUUGGUUGUAACCAAGAGAAUCUAUGUAUAGGUAUUUCAUAAUUCGAAUUAUCUAGUGUUGAAGGCUGUGGACAUAUCUACCAACUGAAUAUAUUUUUUAUGUCCUGACUUAGUCCAAAACAAGUCCAGUCGUUGAGGAAUUCUGUUCUUUUGUAUGACUAUUUUAAAAUUAACGUGCAUAACUGAAUCAAAGCCUUGGCACCUCGGCAAAUUCUUUCAGUGUUAUUUCUGAAAUGCUUCAAUAACUAAUUUAAUUUCAUCCUAACCUAUGAGCAGAUUAAGUAAGAAAAAUUUAAUUAUAAAUGGCGGAUAUAGAGUACCAUCAUCAUGGGGGUUUGGCAGAGUUGAGGGAAGUAUGAGGAACUGUCCCAGCAAACAUCCCUUCCAAGGAUGUUGUUCAGGGGAAGUGAAAUACUAAAUAGAAACGCAUCUGGAUAUUGAACUAAAUUUUCCUUAGAUACAACUCCUUUCUAGUUAUGGGAAUAAUUCUCAAGUGUUUUAACUUAAUUUGUAAAUUAUUUCAUUGCUGAAUGUUGUGGACAUUUGGUGUUCUGUGAUGAGAUUAACCAACUUGUGGACAUCGGCUAUUAACAAGUUUGUGUGCACAUUUGUCUGUUGUGUGACCUCUUAAGAAUUUAUAUUAAAUGUAUAUAUUUAAAUAUAUACAUAUGGUGUGCGCUUGUGUGAGUGCGAGUGUGUGUAUGGUUGUAUAGUUGUGAGUGUCCAAUUGUAAAUUUAGCCAAUGUGUUAAAUGCCCAUACCCUUAUUUUCCUCUUUGAUUCUUACCCCCUUUAAACUAUCUGUAAGGGGAGGACUGAUCAAUAAGCAAGCUCUAUUUGGAUAGUGAUAAAUUUGAUUUAGUUUGUCUGAAUUUAGAAGAGGAAGAAGGUUCACAUUGCUGAGCAGUAGACUGAUGUAUAUUACAGAGAUGGCUAUGGGGUUUCUCCGAGCCUAAAGGUUCUUUACCAAUCUGAACAUUUUACUUGUUUCCCCACAAAUUAGAUACUCUGUGAGUGUGUGUGCAAUUAAUUAGUGAUCGACGCAUUGCAUAACUCUGGCUGAAAUGUAUGAUGUAUUCUGGGCAAAGAACUAUUUUGUUAUUUCAGUAUUUGUUACAACCCAUUUGCCAAUAUAUUAACUAUCUUAAUGAACAAACAGAAAUCGAAACCUUUUGCUAAAGCAAGACUUUUCUUGAUUGGCUUAGCUAUAACCUUGAACUUGAGCUGAGCAAAAAGUGAACUAAUGUUUUGCUGUGGAAACCUUCGAAUUUGUGGUAUUCACUUUGAGGAGAACAUUUCCCUAUUUGACUCAUUGAGGAAAAAGUUUUUUCCUGCUGUUAUCAUGUGUUAGGUACUUUUUAAUCUACAUUGGUGAGGAGGGCUCUCAUGCUACCCAACUAAGUAUUUUGUAAAUACGUCAGUUUAUCUUAAAGAUUUCCUUGUUUUUAACAUCAUUGGUAAAUUGAUUCACAAAUAAAUAUAAAUUGGAAAAAAAAUACUGUUUUGUUGAAUUGUAAAGAUUGUAGCUAUCUGCUAGUCUCCUUGAAAUAUGUGAUACAAAAGAAAAAAUAUAAAAAAGAAAGUAAGGGAACCUUAUCAGCUUAAAUCUUACUGGACCUUAAGGCAUACAAUACAAGUGCAUUCUCCAUCAUACCUCAGUUACUGGUGGUAAAAUAAGAUUGCUGCUUGUUUCAAAUGAAAAGAUGCUUCUGCUGUCUGACAGUCUUGAGAGUGUGUGUAGAUCAUGUCAAUGUAUCUUCUCUCCCCUAAUAAACAUAUAAUUGAAACUGAGACAGUGGGCUCUUUUUUUGUUACUAAUGAUUUUUUUUCUGUUGAAAUUUCUUGAUUGUUAUCCCUGUUUUGUUGCGAAACUAACCUUUCACACUCACAUUACAAUGAAUGAACUUCAUCUGAUUCUGGAAACACGAUCAAGGCUUUGUGAUAAUUGCUCACCCUGCCAAGUGCUAUGGGCUUGCGGUGUGGUUUGUUAGUGUUCUUGUAUUGUAUGUUUCUUCACUAUCAAAUUGGAAUUUUAUUUAUAAAUAUAAAAUCUUGUAGCACAA